UUCAUCAGAAAAUGCUGGUCCUGUUUUAUUUCCUGCUGAUGCUCAGAGUGGGGCGCUGCACCGAUGAUCAUCAUUUUGUCACAAAGACUGUUGGUGUCGGACAAAGUGUGACUCUCACAUGCACUCGCCAGAGAUCUGUUCAUAAGGAAACCUUGUACUGGAUCAGACUUGUUUCUGGAAAAUAUCCAGAAUUCUUGGGAGGAACACAUGCUUUUGAGUAUGAUGGUAUUUAUGAAACUCCUCACAUUACAGCAAAACAAGGACCUGGAACUUUUAUUCUGCAAUUUCAUGAAACUCAGCUAAAUGACUCUGGUUUUUACUACUGUAUAAAAGUCAACCAGCUCAACAUGGAAUUUAUGAACACAACAUUCCUGAGAAUUGAAGGACCAGAACCAGACAUCAUUGACAUCAUUCAAGUUCCUCCAUCUGAUCCAGAACAUCCAGGAGCCUCAGUGUCUCUGCAGUGUUCAGUUCUGUCUGACUCUGAGAAGAAAACAUGUCCAGAACAACAACACAGAGUGUUCUGGUUCAGAGCUGGAUCAGAUGAAUCUCAUCCCAGAUUAAUUUAUGCUGAUGGAAACAGUCACAAUGAAUGUGAGACGAAACCUGAGGCUCAGUCUCCUCAGAAAUGUAUCUACAACUUCUCUAAAACCGUCACCUCCUCUGAUGCUGGGACUUAUUACUGUGCUGUGGCCACAUGUGGACAGAUAUUAUUUGGAAAUGGAACAAAAUUGGACAUGAAAGCACCCAGCAUGUGGGAUUUGGAGACAGCCAAUACAGCUCUCUUUCUGGUAUCUGCUGCUUUGGCUACAAGUCUGAUCGUUAUAGUCUUUCUCAUUUAUAAUCUCAGGAAGAAAACUUUCUGCAAAGAUGCUGCAGCAGCCAGUGGUCAUCAGGAAAGAUCACAGAGAAAUGAGGACUCGUUGGUUUAUUCUGCACCAACUUUCAGCAAGAGAAAAGCUGAGCGAAGAAAUGCAAAAAUAUCACAAGAGGAGACGAUCUACACUGAUGUCAGGACUUCUGCAAGAAAUUAACAACACACUGAAUUUGCCAAUUUUUGGUAAUAUUCCUUUUUCUUCUCUGACGCACCGUGUGGCCGAAUAAAGCAUCGGCCACACUAGGGCUUGUAUUUCAGUUCUGAAAAAGUAAUAGAAUGUCUGCUAUUGGAUAAUUUUUAAGCUAUUUUGUGUAUUAUUUCGACGUUAUUGAGUCCAGACCUCAAUCCAACUGAGAUUAUUUGACAGAACUUGAAAAGAGUGAUUCAUUCAAAAUCCUGAAGCAACCUAACAAAGUUUGAGCAGUUUUUGCAGUGAAAGAUAGGAUAAAAUUACAUUGUCUAGAUGUGCAAGACUGAAUGAGAUCUGCAUAGAUGAGCUUAAUGCAGUAAUUUGUAUAUUUAAUGAAUAGACAUUACUUUGUCGAACUCUGUGUUUUUUUGGUGGUUUUUUUGUAAAUUACUGUCAAAAAUCCAUUCUUUAACAUUAAACAAAUCUGCUAAA